UACGCGUUCGGGAUUGGCCUGUGACGGUUAAAGACACUCCCAUGUUCACGGAUGAACACCCUUCGUCGACCGCAAUCUUUCCGCUCUCGACUGUUAUGUAAAACAAUUUCCCCGAUUCUGUUCUCGAAAGUUGACGGUAAAGUUGGGUUGUUGUUGUAACGCGAGAUAUUUUGAACCCUCUGUUGAUUUAUUUACGGUAUCGAGUGACUACAGACCGAGAGCGCGCGAUGGUGCUGAAAUCCGAGGACGGUGUCGUGCCUGACGACCUCACGCCUGAGGAGCAGAAAGAACUGGAAAACAUCCGCCGGCGAAAGCAGGAGCUGCUGGACGACAUUCAGCGUCUGAAAGAUGAGAUAGCCGAAGUGACUAGUGAGAUCGAGAACCUGGGUUCCACAGAGGAGAGGAAAAACAUGCAAAGGAACAAACAAGUGGCAAUGGGCCGCAAGAAAUUCAACAUGGACCCCAAAAAGGGGAUCCAGUUCCUCAUUGAAAAUGACCUUGUGAAGAACACCAGUGAAGACAUUGCACGCUUUCUCUACAAGGGUGAAGGUCUUAACAAGACUGCAAUAGGAGACUACCUGGGAGAGAGGGAUGACUUCAAUAUCCAAGUCCUUCAUGCUUUUGUGGAGCUGCAUGAGUUCACAGAUUUGAACCUGGUUCAGGCUCUCAGACAGUUUCUCUGGAGUUUCAGACUUCCUGGUGAGGCCCAGAAGAUUGACAGAAUGAUGGAGGCGUUUGCCCAGCGCUACUGUCAGUGCAACCCAGGAGUCUUUCAGUCCACAGACACAUGCUACAUCUUGUCCUUCGCUGUCAUCAUGUUAAACACCAGCCUUCACAACCCCAACGUUAAGGACAAGCCCACAGUGGAGCGCUUCAUCUCCAUGAACAGAGGCAUUAAUGAUGGAGGAGACCUGCCAGAAGAACUGCUCAGGAAUCUAUAUGAGAGCAUCAAGAACGAACCCUUCAAAAUCCCUGAAGAUGACGGCAAUGACUUGACACACACUUUCUUCAACCCAGACAGAGAGGGCUGGCUUCUCAAACUGGGGGGACGCGUCAAAACCUGGAAAAGACGGUGGUUCAUUCUCACAGAUAACUGCCUUUACUACUUCGAAUACACUACUGAUAAAGAACCAAGAGGCAUCAUCCCCCUGGAAAACCUCAGCAUCCGUGAAGUGGAGGACAAGAAGCCGAACUGCUUUGAGCUCUUCAUCCCGGACAAUAAGGACCAGGUGAUCAAGGCGUGUAAGACCGAGGCGGACGGACGGGUCGUUGAAGGAAAUCACACCUUCUACCGCAUCUCCGCUCCCACCACCGAGGAGAAAGACGAGUGGAUGAACAGCAUCAAGGCGGCCAUCAGUAGAGAUCCUUUCUACGAGAUGCUGGCAGCGAGGAAGAAGAAGGUCUCCUCUAUGAAGAGACACUGAUCUGCUCAGGAGACUGGUGUUACAGAUUCAGGGCUACUGGAACUACUCCUCCUCUUGGAGACAGCUGAGCCACGCAGAGAGAGAAAAAAAAAAAACCAUGCUUCUUUUUAAACAUUUUCUCGCUCAGCUCAAGUGUGUGUGUGUGUGUUGGAAGGAAGGAAGUCAGUGGGCUUUAUCUUUCUGCUGCUUUCUUGAAACCCCCAAAGAGAACAUUUUUUUCUUGACGCUUAACCAAAAUACCCUUUGUCGUUUUUCUAUGCCUCUUGUCUCUUGCACACGCGCAUACUCUUUUGCAUUAUCUGAAAUCAGCAGGUCUGACAGAAUGUGGAAAACCAAGCCAAAGCUCCUACACGCUGAGGCAAUAUGUGUAUUUUUACAUUUUCUAACCAUGCACAAGUGGUUUAGUCCUCAGAGGCUUAUUUGUGUAUUCAAUUGUAAAAAUAUUUUCCAAGAGACUUCUAUAAUUUGCAAAAGAAAUCCAACUUUGGAGGGAGGGUGGGAAAUCACCCUAGAUUUGUUGGUAGAUUGAUUUGCCCUAACGGUAAACGGCUCCAUGGGCAUUUGUUAUUUUCAUGAGAAGCGACAUGCAUAUUUAGCAUGUUGUGAGAAGCGGCUGCAGUGCUUGGCAGCUGGGUUUGCAGUAACACAUGAGAAGAAAGACUGGAUGGUGGCCAGCUAGGGGUUAUGGGAUAUCACCAUUACCAGGAUAUCAUGCAGUGGUACUACCUCUCAGACAGACAUGACCAUAAUUAGCAUAUUAUAAUGUUUUAUUUUUUGUUAUGUGAGGUCAUUGGACCUAGUGUUUAGACUUUCACAUAAAAUGCUUUUAAUCAAAUGAAUAAAUGUGCCUAAUAACAAUUCAAGUUCAGUUUCAGUGAAGACUGUCAAUGGCAGUUCAAUCAGAAGAUGCUCCAGUGCCUGCUUGUGUUUCUACAGUCACCUUCCUUUCUUAGGUUUCCAUCGGUCUAGCGGUUAUUCUUCAAGCGGAAUAUUAUAGCUAUAGCAGUAUUAGUUUAAUUUAUCAAAGGUGUACAUACUUUAGUGUAUAGAGAAGAUUGGUUUCCAUUUUAUAAAUGUGUGUACUGUAUGUAGCAGUAUUGUACUAGUCGAGUGCCAUUUUCUUUCUUUUUUAUUUUUGUGUUCUGGAGGCCGAUACCAUUAUAGUGGCGGCCAGAUCAUGCUGAAAUAAAGAUAUUAUAGCAGC